UACAAACGAAAGUGCUACAAUGUCGAUUUCCCAAAAAAUUUUGGAACUAAACAAGGCCUUAGAAAAAAAGCACAGUUCAGGUCCAAGUCGCAAAACAAAAUUUAGGCUGAAUUUCAUGAAUUUCCGUAACUUUGGAGGUGGCCAAAAUUUUCAAAUAUCGAAAUUGAAAACCCUGGUGGGAAGACAACCCGUUUUGCAUUCCUAAUAAUCAGGUUUGCUUUGCUUCACCAACAAAAAGAAGAUAUCCUUGCCUUGCAACAGAUCGAUCGUAUUCCAUGCCGUCAGGCUGGCUUUUACCUUUAUAUGCCAUGGCAGAAUCUGUUCCUAACUUCCUAUACAUCUCGCGGGGUAACCGAUCGAUCACCGACCGCACGUAUUCUGAAUUUCUGAUUCCUCUUUUCCAUCACGUUAUGUGCCAUGCAUGCUUAAUUAGCUUCCAGAUGCAAAUUGCCAACUCGAUCAAAGGGGUCGUCUUUAUUUAUUUGGGUUGGCAUCGAUCAUUGGCAAUUUGCAUCGUCGGCCGGUGGUGUGAGACUGAGAAGCUGCUGCAGGCCGGUGGAAGCAUGGCGGAAGCGAUCAUCGGUCCCCUGGUGGUGAAGCUGCAGGAGCUCGCCGUCAGCGAGGCGCGGGCGAUGGUGGCGGUGAACGACGACAUCCGGAGCCUCCGGGACAAGCUCAUGUGGAUGCAGGCCUUCCUGCGUGACGCCGACCCGCGGCGCCGCGUCGUCCCCGACGAGGCCAGCCGGGUGUGGCUCCACCAGACGCGCGACGCCGCCUUCGACGCCGAGGACGCCGUCGACCAGUAUUUCCUCCUCGUCGACCUAUCCAGGUACCCAAGCUGGACACGCACCAUUAUAAGGUUCAUUGCCGGAUUAACUACACAAAUACGUGUGCGGCGCAAUCUUUCUAGCAAGAUCAAUGCUAUCAACUCAAGACUUGAGAAUAUAAUUAAGAACAAGGAAGCAUACAAGCAAAUCGGGGACACCAACAAGACAGUUGUUCCAUGGAGGGCUUCCACGGCCAUCUCUGUUGCUCCAACCAAAUUGGACAAUUUGCUGCAGCCUCCUCUUGUUAGUCGUGAAGACAAGCGCGGACAGCUCAUUUCUGCUCUGCUUGAUAGCACUCAUCAAAAGGUUAUCUCUGUGAUAGGGCCAAGUGGAGUGGGCAAGUCAACUCUAGUGAGAGAUGUGUAUGAAACGUUGGAAAUCAAGAACCAUUUUGUUGAGCAGGCUUUGGCGACUUUCCCACCUUAUUCCAGUGCUUCCGAUAUCCUGAAAUUAAUCCUUAGGGAUCUCAAAGAAGAAGACUUCACAUUAUCUAAGAUGGAGGUCACCAAGGAGCUGCUUGAUAAGAAAUUAAAAGGGAAGCAGUACUUGGUGGUGAUAGAUGGGGAAGUGAGCUCCACUGAAUGGAAAAACAUCCUAGGUGCCCUCCCUAAUGUAGCAGGAAGUAAAGUUGUGAGAAUGUCAAAAGAGAACCUAGAAGAUCCUCCAACAAACUAUGAACAUGUUGUUAUCUCCCUUAACCGUUUUGAUAAGAUUGCUACAACAGAACUGUUCCAGCAGAGAGUGUGCAAGAAAGAGAGCAAUCCUGAGUACAACAAAGACAUCGAAGAUGGUGUUCGAAACAAGUACCAGCAAGAUAUCUUUGACACCACACAGGGGCUACCACUUGCAAUUGUUCUUCUUUCAGGCCUUCUACGAACAAAGGAGUUUCCAGUCGAGUGGGAAGCUGUGUUUGAUCAUCUUAAAUCCAAGCAAUCAAAGAGGCUUGACAGCAUACUUUCCCUGUGCUUUGAUGAUCUUCCAUAUGACAUAAAAUCUUGCUUCCUCUACUUUGCUGCAUUGCCAACAAACAUGCUGAUUGAAGCACAAGAUUUGGUGUGCAUGUGGAUGGCAGAGGGCUUCCUGAGGCCAAAGGAAGGGUUGACAAUGGAGAAGGUUGGUUACCGGUACUUGAAGGAGUUGAUUGCAAGGCAUUUAAUCAACCUAGAGCCUAUGGAUGAGAAUACCCCCGAGGAGGAGCUUGUGACCAUCCAAAGCAAAGUCCACGCAUUUCUUCAGAUUGAGGCACAAGAGGUAAAUUUUGUGGAGAUCCACAACAGUGAUGACAUCCCACCUCUGUCAGCUGCUCGCCGCCUCAGCUUGCAAAAUCGCAUGGAGAAGUAUGCUGCACUAGCCAACCCUAUGCCAAAGCUUCGAUCCAUCUUGUCAAAUUUUGAGAAGGAAGAAACAAGCAAGGAAGACGAAGUCGCCGACGAUGAAGAGGAAGCCAAAGUGCAACAAUCUCCAACCUGCCUACAUUGCUCACCACAUGGAACCACAACCAAGUGCAAGGAGGGCGAUGCCAAGUCUUAUCUGCAGCAACUUCUGCAAACAUCCAAGUUCCUACGUGUGAUUAACCUGCAAGGCCUUGAAGUUGGUGACAAGUUGCCAGAUGAAAUUGGUAAUGUUGUGCACUUGCAGUACCUUGCUGUGACAUCCUGUUCUUUGAAAGAGGUACCGCCAUCAGUUGGAAGGCUCUCUAGUCUUCAGACACUUGAUGUCCGAGACACAGAAGUUAAGGAGCUACCGGUGCCAUUCUGGGAGAUUAGAACCCUAAGGCAUGUGUUUGGCCAUCGCCUCAUCUUGCCAAAACGGGUUGGCGUCUUGAAGAACCUACAGACCCUUGAUACUGUGAAACCUGAUGCUAAGUAUGGUUGGGAUAGAAAUACCCUUUCAAAAAUGAUCCAGCUCCGUUCCUUGUUUAUUUGGGAACUCUCCAAAGGUCAUGAGAAGGGGCUAGUUGCUGCUCUGAAAAAACUCAAGUACCUUGUCACACUGACCAUACACGGUGACAGUAUUCCAUCGGCUGUUUUCACUACUAAAACCUCGCUUCAACGACUUGAGGUGAUGGAACUGGAUGGGAUGCUUAUUGACAUGCCACGUGUAGUGGACAUGGACAUCAAAUCAUGCUUGCCCAAUCUACUUCUUUUGUCAUUAGAGAACACAAUGGUGUCACAGGACUUCAUCAACAAGUUGGCUGAGUUGCCCUUCCUUGCUAGUCUCACUUUGGAUGGUGGAUCAUAUAAGGAUGAACAACUUGUAUUAUCUGCUGGUGGAUUUCAUAGUUUGAGGAGGUUGACAGUGGACUUAGAAGAAUUGAAGAAAUUGGAAAUACAUGAAUCAGCACUGCCCAAGCUUGCAGAUUUGGAUAUUUUGAUCCACUCUAAUGAUCUCAAAAUUGUGAUACUGGGUAAGAACGAUGUCGUUGAGAAGCUCCUUCAUGAGGAUAAAAUACUCUCCAAGAAAAUCCAACGGACUACGAGGAGUGAACGAACUGCCCGAAGGAUCGGAGUUGAAUGAAUGGGUGCUCACUAGUGCUACCGGUAAGUACUUUUAAGUAUAUUAAGCCUGGCAAUGUAACAGUGUGUGCGCACAAUUUAAGAUUGAAGCAUAUGUAUCAAUGUAUCAUACGUAUGUAUUGUAAAUUUUCAGUUUCAUGGUGUUCACUAUGUACAUAAUGGUGUAACAAAAACUAGUUAAUUGUAUGGCCCUAAUAUGUAAUAAAUGAAUGUUCA